UUUAGGUUAUCGAGUUGAAGCGCUCCGAAAAGUAAGGUUCUGUACACGGGAAGAGCGUACUCUUGUAUUUCUACCAGUCUAUGGCCACGGAUUGCCCAUUGCCCCUCCUUGUUAUGGAUUGUUCUGUUUAACGCGAAUUUGUGAGGUUAUGAUUACGAUAAAGGACGCUUGCUGCCGAAGCGGCCGUAACUUCGCUAGUAUGGCUGUAAACAAGAUUUUAUACUUUAGUUUGGUAUUAAUGUUAGUGAAUCUUUGCGUGGCUGCUAACGAUGGUGUCGCCGAUACCGCCAAAUGCCAAUUUGGCAAACCGAUGCGUAAACAGGUACCAGCGGAAGCCCUAAACGGCAUGUGUCUGCGAGAUAUCGUAAUGCAUUUGUCAAAAAUUCUACGUUCUACUGCUGAUGAGGAGCUCGGCGCUUCCUCGUUCCAAGAAAUGAUUGAUAAGGUGGAAUUUGUAAAUGUCUUCAGCAAUUUGAAUGCAAAAUUGCGUGCCUUAGUCGAUAAUUUUAACAAUAAGUUAAUGUCUUAUAUUGACAUCUUUAAACAAAUCGACAAAAUCAUACACCGCAUAUUGGAACGCAAUUCACUCCCCAACAUUUAUUCUAGUCAUAUAGUUGAUUAUGAUAUGGAGGUAAACAGAGUUUCAGACAUAUGCACUAAUAUCAUGAAAGAACUUACAACACAGAUAAAAGGUCAAGAGUGGAAAAACAUACAUAUAUUGCCAAUAAAUGAGCCAGAUACAGUAUGUGGACCACCCACAUUGGCUCACAAUAUUGGAUCUCUUUUAUUAUCUCAGUAUUGUCCUGAAAAAAAUGUUAUUUUACUCUUGGAACAUGGAUCAUUUAUGUCUGAAUCAGAACUAGUUUUGAUUCAAAUAACAGCCAAAACUAUUAUAGAUAUGCUUUCUGAAACAGACAAUGUUACCAUUGUAGGCCUUUCUAACACCAUUCCUCUACUUUGUAAAGAUGGCUUGUUAAAGGCAACAGAUAUUAAUAAAUUUCAAUUAAUUCGUUAUAUUGAUAGUUUAACAAGAACAGACUCAGAUGAGGCAACAAGAAUUGAUUUUAGAAAAUUAACACAAAAUUUAACAGGUGAAGUGCUUAUUAUGCAUUUAACUAAUAAGUUACAAAAUACAUUAAAUGUACAAAAAAUUUUUGAAAUGAUUUCUAGAAAGUCUAAAGCUUAUUUAAAAACUAUUGUUACUACAGGUAAGCCAAUUUCAUUACUUUACUUUAAUUGUAUGGAAAAUAUUUUUAUUCAUAAUUUUCAUAAUUUAUUUUCAGACCAGCAACCAUCUACUGUUACCAAAAAAUUAAACAAUGACAGCAUUGUAAUUUUUCCAAUGCAAAACGUUCUUGGAUAUGAGAUAGGAAAACUGUUUUCUUGUUUGCAGUGUCCUUCUCACCAUAAGAAAGAUUUUUUUGUAUCAGAUCCAUAUAUUGAACCAUAUAGUAAGACAAUGAUGAUAUCUAUCGGGCGAGUCACACAGACUGCGUUAUUAUUCUUGGAUAUAAAACUGCGUGAUUUCCUCGAUAACAUUACAUAUUUUAAUGUUGGUCCAAACAUAUACGCUAUAUUCUUCGAUACCAAAGGAGUGGUUUGGAUGCAUAAAAAUUUUCCCAGGAUUGAGACAAUAGUUGAGCAACCGCUCAAAGUGCAUUUACAAGAUAUUGAAAAUAUAGAUAGUCAAACGGUAAUGAAAAUGAUAAAUGAGAUUGAAGGAAUCAUGGAUGUAAAAACAAAGCUAGGCGAGCAGAAGCAGUAUAGAUGGAAACACUUAAUUUAUAAUGAUUUGAUAAUAUGUCUGGUAUCAAUUACUGAGGAGGGAAUGCUGCCUGUCAUGAAAAUUGUGCCUCCACUACCUGCAAAUAUAUUACAUCAUCGUCUUGAUCUUAUGCUUCAAACUGUAGUCGAUAAAGACAUACUUUGCGUUUAUAGAAACAAGAUUGUAACUUUAUCAACGGGUGUAAUUUAUUUAUCACCAUGGUGCUUCCAAUCCCCAAUGGAGCAACUGAAAUUAUUGGAAACGGGUUCAGCCGUGAACGUACAAAGCUACAUGGCAUAUAUAAAAGAUGUAACGGGUCUUUUAGCUAAUCCAGGUUUACAUCCAUCUGUAAAACCAGAUGUAGCAAUGCUAGCGCAAGUUUUAGAACAUUUCAAAAAGCAGCAUAUUGAAAGUUCAUUAAAUAAAUUUAUAAUAAGAAGGUACAUUGUCAGUACAGUUAGUGGUGUAUUAGAAAUAUUUCCAGGAAUGGUAUUAGAUUCUGGUUUUGAUCCCAAAAGACGAAUGUGGUAUGGGAAAGCAUUGGAACAAUCUGAUAAGAUAAUUUUAACUCCACCUUACUUAGAUGCUGGUGGAUCAGGCUAUGUAGUCACUCUGAGUCAAACUGUCAAAUAUUCUGUGGGGAUUAAUGGAAGCUCAAAUUAUGCGAUUGCUGUUCUAUCUAUGGACGUUACAAUGGGUUACAUUAUGAGGUUGUUGCUGGAAAUGUUUCCGUUUUGUCGAGACGCAACUAUAAAAUGUUUCUUGAUGGAUGAUAAAGGCUAUUUGGUAUCACAUCCGAAGCUAUUGGAAGCGACAGGCAAGAUUGAGCAGCAGCAUUUAACGCACAAGGAGCUUUUAGUGGCUAAUGACAUAUUGAAUCACGGAUUGUUUGUGAAAAAGAAAUUAUGUGCCAGCCACUUAGAUGGCACUGUACAAAGAUACUAUCAGUUUAAUACAUCUCUCGACGAGGUGCUGACUAAUAUAGCACACGGCGAGCACUGUGUUAGAUAUCAGGUAGCUGUUAUACCAGGUACCAAUGUAUUCCUUGGUGUCGUCAAUAUGACGAUUCAAUGUAAUUUGCUUAGAGCUUUUUGUCCGUGCAGCACGAUGGAUCAUUCAUGCUUAAAUUGCAAAAGUAUGGAGCAAACUGGAUGUGAAUGCCCUUGCGAAUGCUCUUUAUAUUCUUCUAGUUGUACGCAACAAAAUAUUGAUAAUCUGAAUCCUUGUUCACCUGUAUAUGAGCAAGGAUCGGGUUUACAGACUCUGUGGAUAGAUUCGAUGAAUUUGAAGUCAUGUCCGUCUACUAAUUGCAAAUCAUAUACAACAGAGAGAGAUUGUUUGGGUGUCGCCGAUUGUCAAUGGUGUUAUGUUGACACCGAUGGAGAUAGUCCUUUGCAACAACCGUUUUGUUCUGAUAUGUCCGUAUGUUUUAAGGGUGUCUUUGGAUCUUUAAUACCUUACAGCGACGGCACUUACAAUUUGCAAUCAACAGAUGAAAUUACAGUACGAGAAUGGCCAUCAGUUGGGCCUGUAGCUGGUGGAAUUCUUGCACUGUUUUUAAUUCUAGGCGUGGUUCUGUUCUGCUACAGACUCCGAUCGGUGCAUUCAGGUCUGGAGCAUCAGUGUUUGCAUCUCCAUACCUCGCCUGAUACGUUGCGCAUGACACAUAUCGAAGGCGAUCCGGAACCUGUAGAAUUAGAUCAAACUAAAAAUAAUUUAGAUUGUCUCAUGAGAGACAGUGUCGCGCCUAUAUCACCAUACAGAGUUUCUACCAAUUACAGAAGACCACCCGGUGGGGACAGUGAUCAUGGGUACAGCACAAUGACACCUCACGAUGAUUCUGAACAGCAAACAUUUGCUUCUGAACCCUUGUUAGCCGUCGACAACGUCGAAUCGGAUUUGAUUAAACAAUCUAGUAUUGGAGUGCCUUCUCCUACGACAUAUUUAGGUUCGCCACAUCAUGUUUUAGCGCCUGUGACCGUCCAUCGCAAUAUGGAAACGAAUUAUUGUUAAUCAAUGAAACUGAAUUUACUGCCAUUAAUUUUAAAAGAUGAGAGAAACGUAAUUUUCUUGUUAUAAGAAAGCAUUACAAUUCUCUUUGCAAAGAUAACCUCAUAACAAUGAAAUGAUAAAAUUAUACUAUUAUUAAUAUGAAGAUUAUUUACUUUAUUUGUAAUGUUUGUCGCGAAAGGUAUUUUACUACGAAAAGACUGUUAUAUUAUUUCUAUUAUUAUCGAAAGAUAAAAGUACAUAACUCUUUUAUUAAGCUUAAAAAUACAUACAUAAAUAUACAUAACUUUUACAAACUGUAUGUCAAUACUAUAAUUUUCUACAAAUGUUAAGAAUGAUAAAGUAUUGAAGGCCUUCUAAAAAAGUAUGAUUCUAAAAAAAAACGACUAUGCGAGUCUUAUGUAAGAAAUAAUUCAAAUAGCUAUUAUGCUGAACGAAAAACUUAAAAUACUAUUUUAUAUAAAUAGAUAAACACAUAGUAGCGAAUUGUAUAUAUAAUUCUAAUUAUAUAGGGUGUCCCAUUUUAAUUGUCUACCUGGAAUAUUUUGUAAAUGAUACAUUCAUAGAAAGUGUUUUCAGAUAAAAAUUAGUCUGUAUUGUUGUAUGGUCUAAAAGGAGAUAAAUAAUGUUAAUUUUCAAAAGAUCAAUUUUUCAAAGUGACAUGAAAGUCGUCGCUAUUUUUUUUAUGAAAUUUUUUUACAUAAUAUGAGUUUUAAUUAUUCUACACAUGAAAGUAUAAGUUACCAAAAAAUUAGUAGUUUACAAGAUAAUUUACUAUUUUAUGUUAAAAUAUGCUAGAAUAAAAAAUAUUUUGUAAAUUAUUGAUUUUUUUGUCCACUUUCAAGUCAUAAUUCUUAUCUGAAAUAAUUGUAAUGCAUCAUGUACAAGGUAUUUUAAAUGAGCAAUUAAAAUGGAACACCUUGUAUAGAUCAAGCAAUCUAGAAAUGUAAAAUGUAAAAGUAUUAUUUUAGACGAAUAACAUUACAGCUUGCCAAGUAAUCUUUAUGUAAUAAAAUUAGUAAGGCAUUAGAAUUUUCGGAUAGGUGCUAUACAUUCGCAAUUAUAUAAAGUGUAACUUAAUAAGUAGGACUUACUUGAGAAAAGAAUUCAGUAAUUUUAAAAGCAAUUGACACAUUAUGUUACACCUGUAUAUAAAUUAAAAGACUUAAAUUUUAUAAUUACGGUUAUUACGUAUAGAAAAUUUAAUACAGUAGAGUCUCUUUAAUUUUGGCCGAUGGGGCGAUAACAGCGGAAUGCCAAAAUUAUAGAAUACUCUCCCCACAGCACGAAUCCAUCAAUCACCGUGUACUUGCGCGAGCAAAGUACACUGUGAUUGAUAGACUCGUGCUGUAGUGAGGGUAUUCUGAAAAGGACGGGGUAUGAUAUUAGUGUUUGUGAAAGUACGUGUGAAGGAAUGCAAAGAUUAUGAGGGCCAAAAUUAAGGAGACUGUAAUAUGAAAUAUUUAUGCCAGUAAUGCAACUUCUUGAUUAGACAAAUAAAUUUUAGCAUAUCAUUAAUCUAAAAUACUGCCAUUAUAUUGAAUAUGAAUGAUUCUAUUAAUAAGCAAAUGGAGUCUUCCCAUAGUCGCUAGUGAUAGAAAAUAAUAAAUAAUUAGAAUUUAGUCGGCAAAUUGA